AUGGGGUCCAGUUCCAAGGCUGCUUCAAGGAAGUCGACGGCGUCGUCGUCGUCGUCCUCGUGGAGAACACUCGUCCACGGCUGCCUCGGCGGGGCCAUGGCGGCGGGGGAGAACGUCCCAGCAAGCGGCGGGUUGGCGCAGCAGCCACCGCCAAUCGUCACGAACAACGACCUGCCGCUGGCGGCGUCCAACUCCAACCUGCACGCCUUCACGUUCGCGGAGCUGUGCGAGGCGACCGAGGGGUUCGCCUGCUGCAACCAAAUCGGCAGCGGCGAGUUCGGGACGGCCUACAGGGGAUUCAUCGAGGACGGGAAUGGUGGUACGUACCUACUCCUCGAUGUCAGCCCCCAAUUUCACAUUGAUCAGAUGUACUCCAUCUCCAUCUCUCGGCUACCGUGUGAUCAGAAGGAGGCGAUGUUCCUCGGGGAGCUGCAGCUGCGGCAUCCCUGCCUGGUGAGGAUGAUCGGCUACUGCUGCGAGGAGGAGCACAGGCUCCUCGUCUACGAGCUCAUGGACCAUGGCAGCUUGGACGACUACUUCUUCAAGCCUUUUUAUCGUCCCGUGCUGCCAUGGUCAACCAGACUAAGCAUCGUCUUAGCUACGGCGAAAGGGCUGGUGUCCCUCCACGGCGCGGAGAAGCCAUUGAUCUGCGGCGAAUUCAAUGCCUCCGACAUCCUACUGGACUCGGAUAACAAUGCCAAGAUCUCGCUCUCGGGCCUGAGGCUUGACACGAGAGCGAGCGACGGCUCGGUCACCACCACGCGCUCGCGCCUUGGAACACCGCGCGGCAGCGCACCGGAGUACGUCAUGUCCGGCAGUCUCACCCCGAAAUGGGACGUGUACAGCUUCGGGGUGGUGUUGUUGGAGAUUCUGAUCACAGGGAUGAAGUGGGUAGACAUGAAAAGACCCGUCAAGGAGGAGCGGAACCUGUUGGAGUACGCGCGGCCGAAUCUCGAAGACCCGGUUAAACUGGCAGGGAUCAUGGAUAGAGCAUUGAAGGCCAUCUACCCAGUGGCAGCCGCACACAAGGCUGCCCUGGUCACAUACAAGUGUCUCCAUGUCAAACCCGAGGAGAGGCCAGACAUGUCGGACGUCGUGAAGGCGCUGGAUCUGCUUACCGACGCCGUCAUCAAGGAGGAUCAGUUGCCGGUGCCGGCGCCCGUGUCGCCCAACUCCAACAUGCACAGGUUCACCUUUGCGGAGCUGAGCGCCGCAACCGGAGGGUUCGCCUCAGGAAACAAAAUCGGCAGCGGCAGUUUCGGGACGGUGUACAGGGGAUCCCUCGAGGACGGCUUCCGGCCGGGGCUCCCGGCGCAGCCAGUCGCCGUCAAGAGAGUCCGUGCUGACGACUACCACUCCGAGGAACAUCUGAAAGACUCGAUAUUCCUGGGGGAGCUGCAGCCGCGGCAGCCGAGCCUGGUGAAGAUGAUCGGCUACUGCUACGAGGGGCUGCACAGGCUUCUCGUCUACGAGCUAAUGGGCCAUGGCAGCUUGGCAAACUACCUCUCCAGUGAUAUUCGUGUUGUGUUGUCAUGGUCAACACGGUUAAGCAUUGCUCUAGCUACCGCGAAAGGGUUGUUGUCCCUCCAUGGUGAAGAGAAGCCACUGAUCUCCGUCAAAUUUAACGCCUCCAACAUCUUACUAGACUCGUAUAACAAUGUCAAGCUAUCAGACCUGUGGUUCGCCAGAAAAUACGGGAAAGGUGAUGAUCCUAACGUGUACACACUCAUAACAAGUGGGUACGGCUCUGCGCCGGAGUACGUCAUGUCCGGGGACUUCACCAAGAAGAGCGACGUGUACUGCUUCGGAGUGGUGUUACUGGAGAUCCUAACCGGACAGAGGUUGGCCUGGUUGGCCUGUGCUUCAGAACAGAACCUGCGGAACCUACGACCACGUCUGAGAGACCCGCUCAAGCUAGGGAGGGUCAUGGACCCGGUGUUGAAAGACAUUUACCCGGUGGCAGCGGCACAUGAUGCUUGCAUGGUCGCGUAUAGGUGCCUUCACGCAAGCCCCGGGAAACGUCCAAGCAUGUUGGCUGUUGUGGAGGCACUUGAUUUGCUUGUUGGUGUCACCAUCGCGGACGAGGUCGAAGCUAGUCAGACAAGCACAAGGUCAUGA